AUGGUAGUGACAGUGCAGUGUUGGUUGGUAACAAUCACCGGGCUCCUGGUAUUGUUCCUCUGGAAAUCCUGGCCCGUUUUCGACCAGUCCAGUUUCAGUGCAAAAGUCACGAAAGCCUCCAUCCAAGUAGACAUUUCAGUGGCACAAAUUCCUCCCUUGAGUUCGGGAUUCAACGUGUCAUCGCGCUUUCACAGUAAAAAAUUCCGCGGGCCUGUUUCUAAAUAUAUGCUAGAGCUUUACCACCGAAGACCUAGUGCAGAUAUAGUGCGAGCUCUUCAACCUCUCCAUGUAUCUGCGCCGGUGGACAAUUUUCCCCUUUUUCGGGGAAGAAUUCUUGAGUUUCGGCUUCCACCCACUAAUCCUGCAGAAAAUCUCGAAGCUGCGGAAUUAUUGGGCACUGCGGGGAUGAUCCUGAGAGUAAUGAUGCUGAACAAUCACAUCGAGGACACGCGGUUUCGAGGAUCACGAAAAGAAGAAACCUGGAGAGCAUUCAACGUUACGGAUGCAGUAAAGAUGACAUCAGGAGGAUCACUGAGAUUCUUGGUCCGUGGUCGAAUUCACGGGAGGAAUAUCAUGGAGAGCUACAGCCCGAUUCUGGUACUAAGUUACACGAAGCCGUCCAAAAACAGAAAGCGCCGAUCGGUGGAAGAAGAAGAGGAUGGUCCAGUGGUGUGGUCUGACAACAGACGUCGGCGGAGGAAUCCCUGCAGAAGACGUCCCCUGUACGUAGAUUUCGCGUCGAUCAACUACGAUGAGUGGAUCGUCGCUCCACCGGGGUACGACGCUUAUCAGUGUGUGGGAAAGUGUCUGUUCCCCUUUGGGGAUCAUCUCAGUCCAACGAAACAUGCGAUUGUCCAGGCUCUGGUGUCAGGAGCGGUUCAGGGCGUGGAUGGCUCAAAACCUGUUGGACGUGUCUGUUGCGUUCCGACACGAUUGGCGCCCACUAGUCUGCUUUAUCUAGACGCCAGUGGAACGCUUACUUAUCAGUAUGGGUAUGAGGAUAUGGUUGUUGUGGAAUGCGGGUGCCGAUGA